UAGUUGUUUAUACCUGUAUGAAUCAUGGUAAUGUCAUAUCUGAAAACGACAUAUUCAAAUGUAAUAUAAACCAACAAUAGAGUACUGAUUUUGCUUUGUGUAUAUAUAAAUCAUAUUUUCAUUUCCAACAGUAUCAUAUCACUAACAUGGCUAAACGUUUUCUCCUUCUUCUUCCUCUUUUGUCAACUAUUCUACUUCUUUCCGUAUCCGUUACAGAAUCCGAAGCUUACUCCACAACAAAGCCGUGUCAAGGCUACAAGCCGGAUAAAUUCACCCACCUCCACUUUUACUUCCAUGACGUCAUCUCCGGUGACAAACCUACCGCCGUCAAAGUUGCGGAAGCCCGCCGAACAAACUCCUCCAACGUCAAUUUUGGCGUGAUUAUGAUCGCUGAUGAUCCGUUGACCGAAGGACCAGACCCGAGCUCAAAGGAAGUGGGAAGAGCUCAAGGGAUGUACGCAUUGACAGCCAUGAAGAACAUAAGCUUCACAAUGGUCUUUAACUUGGCUUUUACGGCGGGAGAGUUUAAUGGAAGCACCGUCGCGAUGUAUGGACGGAAUGAGAUAUUUUCGAAGGUGAGAGAGAUGCCAAUUAUUGGAGGAACCGGUGCUUUCAGGUUUGCUAGAGGCUAUGCACAGGCCAAGACUUAUAAGGUUGUUGGUCUAGAUGCCGUGGUCGAGUAUAAUGUCUUCAUUUGGCAUUAAUCAUUUGCAUAUUGUCUAAUGUCUUUCCGAAACAAAUUGUUUCACUUUGGUUUUCUUAUAUUGUGUUCUGUUUUUGUUGUGUCGUUUAAAGUUUAAAAGGUGUAGUUGUUUGAACUUUGAACCUAGGGAAUUGGAUCAAAAAUAAAGUUGGGUUUUAAUAUUGAUUAAACCAAUAUUGGGUUCACGGUUUUAGUAUAUGAAACCAUUAAAAACAACGCCAUAGCUAAUCAAUUUUUAAUACAUUUAAAUAAAA